AUGUUCUCGAUAUACCCGCGAAGCCCCUUUGACAUCACCGUCAUCGCGCUCAUGGUCCUCACGGUUCUGUUCUAUAUUACCACCACUAUCACCAAGAUAUGGGAGUGCGUCCCACGGGCCAAGAUCUGGGACACAUCCAUCCCGGGCCACUGCAUCGACACGUACAUGUUGCUCAAUGUCAGUGGUAUAUUCAACACGGUGACAGACUUCAUUAUUGUCAUGCUGCCCCUCGGGCGGGUCUGGACCCUUAAUAUGAAGCUCAAAAAGAAGGCCUACGUCGUUUUAGCAUUCACGUUCGGCAUGUGCGCUCCUGCAUUUAGCCUUGUGGGCUCCAUAGUACGCCUACGAAGCACCAACAAUCCAGACAAGACUUGGGUCCAGCCUGAGAUAGUUAUGUGGGGGCUAGCCGAGCUGACAACGGGCAUCCUCUGCGUGAGCUUCCCGGAGCUCGGGGUGCUUCUCCGGGGCCGAAUGCGGAGACCCGGCGUAGAGGCCAGCACAGGCGUCAGGAACGGGCGGUACCGCCAGCAGGACGCUGGAUUCCACAACCUGCGUCCCAGGCUUCUCAUUUGGACUCCAAGGACGGCGCCCACGGCAAGUACCUUGCGUAGGGCUGGAGGCUGGGGCGGCACUACAACGGUGGGCUCGGCUGGAGCAGAUGGCGGCGGCAGGCUGCACCAAUAUGUCGAGUUGGACGGUGUGAACUUGAUCCAUCACCCGGCGGCUGCAGUGACCGUCGAGAGCCGGAUAAUGCAGCAACACUGCGGUAGGUGUCUCGGUGACAUGGAGGCUAUGAGGGUGGUCAAAGUGAAUUCUGAUACUAUAGUGUAA